AUGCUGACCAGUAGACAAUCUACUAUGGAGAACACCAGGUCUUUUGAUUAUCAGAAAUCAGAAGACAACUUGCUUUUUCAGCCUACUAGUCGGUCAUGCUACAAUUUCGAGUCCAACAACGAAUUACCUCAUCAUUAUACACAGUACAAACGAAAGUCUGUCGAUUGGACUGCAGAUUUCGAAAAUGAACAGACUAGUCAAAGCGCUAGAAAUAAAUCUGUUAAACAUCUACUGAAAACUAUGCGCAGCAAGAUGAAUAAGCAUGGUCAGUCUAAAUUAAAAAUGAGUUCACCGUCGACCAGUAAACUUUGCGGUCAUAGUUACAGUACAGUACAAAAUUUCGAUGGAGGAAAGCACAGAGAUAACAUAUUCCUUCCAAAGUGUGAUGUGAAUUCCUCUAAUACGCCCUCGGAGAAAGAUGAACCUAUCCAAUGGAAAAAGUUUGAAAAUUUUGCCAAAAUCUUUGGAAACAAAAGGAAAGGGAAAAAACGGCUGGAUAGUCAUGUGGAAUUCGGUAAACACAAUAACAGCACUUCGGAAUUCGGCACAGAAGUUUUGCCUUAUUUUCAAAGAACCAGUGAAAAGCAUGAUACAACUGAAGAAACUGGUGCGUCUUCUGUGGAUCACAGAAUCACUAAUAAUUAUAUAAACGUGGAUUGUUUACAUAAUGUCGAGAAUGCACAAUGUUCACCAGAACACAACUCAGAAUUCUUGAAUAAUUUUCAGUUCAAUGAUGUGCCAUCAGGACGAAUUCCAGUCAGUAAACACGACAACUCACAUUCCACUCCCCUAAUGUCAAACAGAAUGACAGAAAAUGCAUCUGACACUGGAAAGAAGCCCGGCAGCCGUAGAAACGACAGAGAAAAAUUAUGCUGGUGGUUAGGAAAGUCGCCUAAACAAAUAAGAAAGCGAUUGAAAGCUAGUCUAGGCAAAAAGUCAACCAGAACUAGUACUGUAGCUUCAUCUGUUCCAACUCAAUUCAACCCUGGUUAUUUAUCAGCGUAUGACUUCGCUGAAAUUAUUGGUAAAAAAGAUUUUUUCUCUGAAAAUUUACUUUUUGAUUGUCGCUGGGAGAGUUCUUCAAAUUCACUACUAUACAUUCAUUCAAUUCUCAAUGCAAUUCGUGUAAAUCAUCUUUAUAAUGUUCAUGUGCCUACAACCUACUGGGAAUCAAUGCUGAAAUCCAGGAUAAAUUUUAGUCAACCACAACCAUCAUCAGAACAAAUUUUCAUCAUUCUCAUUGUGGAUAAAACCAACUCACCUUGGAAGACAAGAAUUCAACAAACACUUCAGCACUUAGUGCACAAACUCACUGAAGAGAAUACUUCAGAGAGUCCAAAUGAGUCAUCUUCAAAGCCUGGCACUGUAAACUACUUUAAGUAUUUUGAAAUUCUCAUCUCAGAAAUUACAAAUGAUUUACCCUGGUUACUAAAUCCUAAAAUAUAUUCCAAUGGACAAAAUAUCCUGGAGCUAAGACCUCCAUUAUCUACUUUAAACAAUCAUUUAUGGUACCUAGAGCCACACAGCUGGAAACACCUCUCCGAAUUCUCUCCAUCCUAUAUUACUUCACUAAUCAAUAAUAAAAAAGUUGAUUGCAUCCUUGUAAUUACUUACAAUGCACAGAAAGAUCUGCGCCGUGUUGCUUCACUGAAAUUAAGGAUACCCUAUUUGCUUGUUGAUACAGCUAGUAUAUUAAACGAGUGUAAAGUCCUCUCGAAAUUUGAACAAAUACUAAAUUUCCUCAAUAAUCCAAUCGAGUAUAUCAGACAAGGACCUAAUUUCAAAACAUUUCCAGCAUUUUCUCAAGCGUUUUGUUCAACAGAUAAUCAAACAUGUGUUAAUAAUAUCUUGAUCACAGGCUCCAAUGCACCAGCGUGUUUGACUAUUCUUGUUGGAUUAAUCAUGAUAACGUGUCCGUGUCAAUUGAAUGCAGCUAUUGAGCAAUUUUUCGCUUACCAUGACUAUUCAAAUCAGUUGACUGAAGAAUAUUUGAAAAUAUUAACAUUACUAAAUAAUUACCUGUUAAAUUUAACCCAAAAAAGCAAUAAAAAAGAUUUAAGAAAACUGAAACAUUGUAGCCUUUCUAGUCGUAUACAUGAUGAAGGCCGAAUUUCAUCAAAUCGUCUGUUGUUGAACCUUGAAGAAAACAAAACGAAUGAUCAUCAGCUUCGAUGUCACCGCUGCGACAGCGAAGAAGGGAAGGAGUUAGAAGAGGAAGAAGAAAAGAUUGAUAACCAACAACAAGAUGAUGUUAUCCCUUUUCGUCUUCCUACUCCUGAUGUCAUUAGUGAAGAAAUGAUGCAUCAAUUAGAGCAAUUCAAAAUUAGAGCUUAAAAGUGAGCACUUUUCAUAUUCCCCCUUCCUUUAUACCUGCACAACUCUUAAAUCAUUUCUGCAAUAUAUUUAUUGAAGGAAG